AUGCCUUCACCCAGUUAUGCUUUCAAAAAGAAGGCAAGGGGAUUAGACCUUUUAAAAAGCGUUAGGGGAUCUGAUGGAUUGGGACCAAGUUCGAGGGAUAGAAUACGAAGACCAAGUGAAAAAUACUUUGAUAAAGUUUUGAAAACCAUUGGUGACAGCUCAAUGGAGUAUGUGGAAAGAACUCAAGCCAUUGUUGAGAUGAGCCAACUUCUUGAUAUGGUUCCCCAGGAUUCAAUUUCUGAGGUUUGGUUUACAGCUCAUCCAUUAGUGUCAAUUGAUGUUCCUCGUGCGACAAGAAGAGCUACGCUGGAACUUUUACGUGAAUGUGUUACCAAGACAAAGGACGAUUUUAUUAAAUCAAUUUUCUUCCAGAUCAUCUAUGACUGUCUGGUAUCAUCAAAUGGGGCAGGUGAAAAAUUUACAGAGUUAGAUCCUGACUUAGACCUCAUACUGAGCUCAUUAAAUGCAAUGUUCAAAGAAGAUGAUGAAUUGUUGGAUUCCGAUGAGAAAAAAUUGCUAACAGAAACAGUGUCAGAUUUAACUGAAUUGGAAUUGAUAAAGGAUUCUAAAUGUACUCACGUAUCUGUGGUGAUGGAGUUGUUGGUGCUGGCACAAAAAUUGACUUUUCCUCUCAAUGAUUCAGAUGUGGGUAAUUUUAUUGAAAUUUUGAAAAGAGUUUCCGAUUCUGCGACUGUGAGGACCAUGAAUACUUUUCAAACUAUCGCCAUAAGAUUUUUGGAAAAAUUCUUGGACCAAGUGCAUGUGGAUGCUCUAGACAGCUUAGUCUUGAUACUUUUGCAAAUUUCUGCAUCCAUGCCGCCAGAUAAAGUGGAAACCGCACUUAUUCCGCUAUUAAAUUGCAUACUAAGAUCAAAGCAUAGGUUAUUACUGGGAGAAAAAUUGCUUAUGAUGCCUCAUGGUAAGAAAUUUGACAGAGCAAUUAUCGCCAGAUGUUAUGCCGAUAUUUACGCUCAGGCUGUUCGUGAAGGUCAUGUUACCGCCAAUGAGGCAUUUCAUCUUUUGAGUAAACUCUUUGAUGCAAAAGUUGACGAUGAAUUCCUCAGAUUUGUGGACUUAUUUUUGGGAGUCCAUAGUUUCUUGGAAAAUUGGGUUUCUGUAGAAGGAAGCACCGGAACUAUUCUUUGGUCCAUGAUCCAGGAAGCCCUUGUGCGGUUUAAGGGCCCUUCACCUUCAAUAGUGGACAAACUAUUAAUUUCCGUCACGAACUAUCCAUCUCUGAUUCCAAUAUCACCAGGGGCAUUGGUACAUUUUAUUUCACAAUACAAGACUUCAAUUCACAUUGAGAAUCUGAUCCCCUUGUUUGAACUUAGAAGGUGGGACUUUAAAAGUGCAGAAACUUUGAAUGAACUGACAGACCUUGUUAUGGUCCCAGAAGCUGCUCCAAAAUACCGCCUACAAUUCUUAAGAUUAUGCAAAUCUUGGUUUCAAGAGACUAAUGAUCAAGAGUUCCAAUGGAACAUCAGUCAGAUGAAUUGUCUAUGGAAUAUUUAUUCCAAAGUAGAGAGUUGGAUGGCUCCAGAAUCUGAACUGAUCGAAUUUGGUGAAUUGCUGUAUACCUUCUUGCAGUUGACAACGGUGGAUAUUUUUUAUCAAUUAUUGAAUACUCGACUGUUGCCUACUCUAAGGAAAAUUCUAUUGCAAAAGAGUAAAAGAAGAAGUUUUGUGGGUAGUCUAGGAGCCUUUGGUAGAGUGAAGGCUUACUCUGAGGAGCGAUUGAGACUAUUGCCUAUUUUAGUCAAGACAUUGGUUAAAGCGUUCAUUUGGAGUCCCUUGGAGCCUACUGGCUCGAAAUGUACAACAUUAUUCGAUGUAUUGAUUUCUGUCUACGAGUAUGCGGAACACUGUGCGGAUUCAAUAACGUUAUUAACUAUUGCAAGACCCAUGGUCAGAGUGAGAUGUGAUACGGAGGGCAACUUCUAUUUUGCUGAUCCAGAGGAUGCUGUGGGGAUUAGUUCAGCAUUCGGUAGACUUAAGGAGCAAGUGGCAGUUGGAACUAGUGUACAAUGGACUUUCCCUGAGACGCUUGACUUUAUCGAUGGUAAUCUUUUGGGUGAACGUAACGAGCAUGUCCAAUUUGAUAGUGGAAGAGCUGGUCCUUCCAAUGGUAAGAUUAACAUGGGCAUUUGGCUAUCAUUAGCCGUGGGUACGAUCGAAGAUCCUGCAGAUUGGGAAAUUUACUCUUAUCUUUUGACCCAUCUCUGCUCUCAAUUAUCAGAAUUGACGCUAUUUGAGGGACACUAUGAAGAGAUAAACAAGUUUAAAAAUGUGAUUUGCCAGCAUUUGAGGCAAUCCUUGCCAUCUAAUAUCAAGCCAGGUGAUGGCCUAAAUAGAUCAGAUUUGAAUUCUGCUUAUGUGAGAAAUCUUUCAGCGGUACUUGCCUACAACCAAUAUGAAUCCAAGAAUUUUGCUGAUGAUCUGGUGGGGGCACUCGUCUUCGGGCUCACAUCAUGGGAGAAGACACUAAUACCCAUACUGCACAUAUUGACCGUAAGUUGUUUUGAAAUUCCUGGAUCUAUUAAACGUUACAUUACUCCAAUUUUACUUGAAUUACAAAAGAGGAUUACCACUUUACAUGCUAUUCCAUCAAUUUUGGAAUUCUUGUUGGCACUAAAGUCAUCACCACCAUUAGUUUCUAACCUUACCCUUGAUGAAACCAAACGAGUAUUCGCCAUAGUUUUCAAUUUAAUUGAAAAUUCCACUUUUCUCAAAGAACGUUCAAAAUCCUUUGCAGUACCUCCUUCAGCUUCUAGCUCCAAAUUACCGCCAUCAUCUGUCUCCAAAAAUUAUGAUAUGGAAAUAUCACCGUCAACUGAGGGAUUUCUCGUAGGUGAAUCUAUGACGAGGUUUUUUCAAUAUCAAUCUUUUAUGGUUCUUGCCAGUUGGUUAUCUAACGUCAAGGCAGAUAAGAUGGAUGAACUCAUACCGUUUGUCUCGAAUGGUUUGGAUAAAUUGGCUAAAAUUGAAGAUCUGAAAUAUGAUGCACUUGCCUAUAAGGAUUUUGUAUUACGUCUUAAGUUCACCAAUUCGAAUGAGACCCCAUUGCGACGUGGCAGAGAUUCAGAUGAUUUCAAAACUUCUACUCAUUUGAGCAGAUGGAUUGGUGAAAAUUGUUUAAUUUCCAUUAGGACUUGGGAAACUACAAACAAAGUGAUUGUAGGGUUAAGAAGACCAUCGUGCGAAUGUUCUUUUGAGGUUAAACCACAGAUGCAGCUGUUGCAGCCCAAAUACAAAUUAUUUGGAUUUCAAGACGAUGAACCACAACAAUUUAGUAGCACAACUAUUAAGCCAGAACAAAUUUUACCACUUGUGUGUACCAAGGAUGUGGAUUCCUUGAUCCCGUUACCCAGUGAAGAUCCAAAGUUUAACCGUUCAAUUGGGUUACUAGAUCGAAUUCCACAAGUUGAAUUUCAAAAGACCGGUAUAAUUUACUUGGGGCCUGGUCAAAACCAGGAGUCACAAGUUCUAUCUAAUAAUCAUGGCUCCACACAGUACAAUUGGUUUCUUUCACAAAUUGGUGAUUUUAUAAAAUUGAAAGAGACUGGUAGAUUUUUUUACAAAGGUGGAUUAGAUCCAGAGACUGAUGGAGAGUAUGCAUUGGUUUGGAAUAACGCUACCACGCAAGUCACUUUCCAUACGGUAACGCUAAUGCCUGCUGAUAAUGAUUUGUCUUUCAAGAAAAGACAUGUCGGAAACAAUUUUGUGAACAUUUUCUACAACGAAUCUGGGCUAUCAUCCUCACAUUUCAAUUUCAAUAUCAUCAAGAGUCAAUUCACAUUUAUUAAUAUUGUAGUUACACCAGAACAUACCGGUGUCACUGAAAAAAUCUCACAACACUACAAAGUUAAGAUUUACAGGCGAUCCGGGGUACCGGGAUUAUUAUCCUGUGCUCACUUUAAGAUUCUAAACAGAUACAAUUUGGCUAGGUACGUUCGUCACGUCUCAUUAAUUGCCAAUGCCCUUGCUGAGAAAUACAACGAAACUGGAUCACAAGACGCCUGUUCCAUCUGGGGGGUUCGCUGUAAACAACUGUUAGGCAUUCGUGAGCGUGCAGCUAAUCUGAAUGAAGGACCAUCAUCAUUUUAA